ACCGAACAGUUGAUUGUUCGCACCCUUCCCAACAGUUUGACCCGCAUUGAGGGCAAAAUAUAUCGAAAAAGUUCAUUCCUUCUUCGCUUUCUGCGCCGCUCGGUCACGUUCUGAUGCAUUAGUUCGAUUACGUACCUUGAAGCAGAUGGAAAUAAAUGACGCAGUUUUGAAAUGGGAUGUGGAUCGAGUACUGAUGUUAUAAAAAACGUAUCUCUUUCUGAACAUGAAAAGGCACUUUCGCCUAGGAAUUCGGUCCCCAAUUCCAGAAGUUCGCCAUUACACGAGAACAAUAAUUCAAAAACAUUUUUACCUCAACCUUUGGCUUUCGAAGUGCCCAUAAAUGAUGAAGAAACAUCUAUAAUUAAGAAGCAUCCGCCAAUGAAAUUUCAGCGGCUUGAAGAGCAACAGAUGCCAGAACCAGAGGUGACCUUGAAAAUGUUGCUAAAGCGACAGGCAGAGGCUGAAGUAAGAAGACAGAGGAUACUGAAUAUGAGAGUACAGUCGGCGCAGCACUUUCAACAAAAAAUUCGGUCUGUCUUAUAACGCGAACAAUACUUUCACACGACAAGGUAUUGCAUUUACGAUUUAUUAUCAAAUUUAUUACCUACAACGGUAAAGUGCUACGACAAAAUGUGAGUUUUUUCUACGGAAUCAUUAUUA